AUGGGAGACGCAGAGUACUGGGCCCAGCAGGCGCUGCAGUUUGCGGCGCAACGGCGCGAGCGUGAAUCAGCGAAGGCUAAGGCCGAGGAGGAGAAUAAGGAGUUGCAUGACAUGGAAAUAGAAGACGAUGAAGAUGGAAAUGAAAAUGGUCUGUCCGGGCCCGCGGCUGCUGAGGCAGCAUUGUACGCUGCCGCCACAUCACACAUUGCCGGCGCUCCUAACAGCCAAGUACACCCGCAGCAACACGCACAGGGACAUGCACCACCACCACAGGAGUAUAUACAACACCACGCACAAGGAUACACACAGCAGCACGCACAGGCUCAUAUUCAGGCGCAAGGUAUGCAUCAGCACGAUUACAAUGGGGAAUACAAUGCGUCUGCGCAGCAAGGUGGGUAUGAUCAGGCGAAUAUGGGGUACAGCGCACAGCAGAUGCAGCAGAACAUCUAUCAGGCAUACGUGAAUAUGCACCCCCAUAUGUCUGAGGCGCAACAGCAGGCAGCUCAGGCCCAGGCACAUGCGCAAGCCGCCGCACAGGCCGCCGGGAUCAACGUACAGUGCCCGUAUUCACAACAGAUACAGGGAAUGGGGCAUGUUCACGCGCAGUUGGGGAAUAUGAAUUCACACAUGCAGACCCAGCAACCGCAGUCGCAGCCACCACAACCACCGCCGAUGGAUAUGAUGGGUUUGAAUAGCAUGGGUAUCAAUAUGAACACGGGUAUGAACAUGGGCAUGGUACCGCAGGGGGUGCCCCAGCACCUGUACUUUGUGCAGCAGCAGCUGGUGCAGGAACAGGCCUUGCAGCAACAGCAGUACCAGCAACAGAUCAUGCAGCAAGAACAGCACUUGGCCAUGCUGGAGCAUGAGGCCCAGCAAGAGGCGGAUAUGGAGGCGGAUAGGGAACAGCGCGAGAUGAUGUUACGAGAGCAGCGCAGUAGACUGAGGCGCUUGCAGGAGGAACAGGCCGCGGAAUUACGUCAGCAAGAAAUUCGGAAACAGGAAUUACUGGCGUACCAAUACCAGCAACAACAAGAGCAGAAGCAGAAGGACAAGCAGAAACUGCCUGCGUGGAUCAGAGAUGCGCUCGCGAAGAACGAGGAGCAGAAGCGCAAAGCCCGAGAGAAGGAGGAGCGUCGAAUGCAAGAGAAUGAGGCGGAGAAGAACAAGUACAAGGAGCGAACCGAUGGCAAGUCACGGUGGGAUGAUGAUGAUGGCAGUGAUGAGGAGAACACAGAUAUUGAGAAGAAGGCCUCUGCAAUGCCACAGCAGCCCCCUCAAAGCACAGCCGCGUACAGUGUGACUCCGAACGUCCCGAGUUUUAGUACCUUCCCAGUCGCGCCGAUGGCACAUAGUGACCCGGUAGAGAGGAGUACUGUGAAAAAGAAACGAGCGAUCAGGGAAGUCUCAGUAGAUUUGGAAGCCGAUAUGACACCGGAAGCUCGGGCGAGGCUGGAGAUGUUAAAAGUAAGAUGGUUGUUGGUCGACGUAUUGAAAGAAGUAACAGAUAGCAUGGUUACCAAUGUUGUUCGAAAUUCUCUCGGCCUGGAACCGAAACGCCCACCACAAAUUGAGCCAAGAAAACGUAGUCGAUUCUCCGAUGCUCCAAUAAGUCCCGGAAGUCGCGAUGUUCGGAAUGCACAAACUAGUAAUAACAAAGCAGCAGAGAAAAAUGGGGAAACCAAGAAGCUACAAAGUUUGAUCGCGUACGCUUCCGAAUCCGAUUCGAAUUCGAAUUCGGAUUCUGAAUCGAAUGCAAACGACAGUGGUAGUGAGGCCGAGGGUGGGACAGCGGUUCGGAACUCUGGCACAGCUCUAAAUAGGAUGAGCAAUGAGCGUAUGCCCACCCCUCCGCGCAUCCGUACAAGGGAACGACCAGAGUCAUCCUCAGAGGACAGUGACGAAGAACAAACAGGUACAACAGCACCCCCUGUGACGACUGUAGCUGGGAGUACAGUACAUUCGGGUGCAACGAAUUGCAGUCUAGAUUCGGAUAUAGCUACCUUGGAAAACACUCAAGGUGUAUUCAAUUCUGGCCGUCUGAGGUCAUCGGAUAAUAGUACUCAGAUGGUAAGCGACAGUGGGCCAGAUCUGGCGGACACCACCCUAGCUGAGCCACAGGCUGAUACUGAUGGCAGAGGUUUGGUUGCAAGUGAAAGCAAAUCUGGGAAGGAAGAUGAUGCUUCGAAGAAAACGAAGGUCAGUGAGCGGUCCACGAGUGUGUGCGCAAAAAGAGCUGGCGUGCUGGAAGGUAACGAGACAAGUGUACACAAGGUGCACAAUAGUCGCACCUCUACCCACACUAAGAGGAGUACCAGUCGCACCUCUACUCACACUAAGAGGAGUACCAGUCGCGGUAGAAGCCGAAGCCGCAGCAAGCACAGGAGUGAAAACAAGGGAGAGCGAAAACAUUCGCGGCGUAGCAGACGCAGUCGUAGUGGGAGCAGCAGACGUUCAAGUUCACCAUCCCCAUCUAAAUCAGCAUUGAGAAGCAGAAGCAAGCGAUCUCGAAGCAACGAGAAGAGGACUGAUCGCAGCAGGAGAUCACGCAGUCGUAGUGGUAGUAUGGGUAGAGGGAAAAGCCGGAGCAAGCCAAGUACUAUCAGCCGUAGUAAGAGGUCGCGGAGUAGGAGUAGAAAGGUACGCAGUAGGAGCGAAUCGCAGAGUAGUGGCAGAAAGUCUAGAAGUCGAAGUGGAAGCAGGGAUAGGCAGAGGAGGAAACGGAACAGAAGUGUGGAUCAUGGUAGCCAUCAGAAGGAGCGUAGAAGUAGCAAAAAGGGGCAUGGGGAUGACAACCCAUCUAAAAGAGGACACAGGGAGGAUAGUAGCCCGACCAAGAAAAGAAGGGACACUAGUGGAAAGCGCAAGGCAUCGAGAAGUCGUCGGAGCCGUUCACGGACGAGUAGUCGCAGUCACAGUAGAGAUGUAAGGCGUGAACGUAAACGUGAGAGGGGGAGGGAUAUUGACCACGACAGAACACGAGACAAAGACAAGGAUGAUCGUAGACGUAAUCGAAGAUAG